AUGAAUGGUAGGUGAGAUUUGUAGCUUACUUGGAGCUCUUUGAGAGCAAGUGUAUCUCGCGUAAAAAUUAUGUCGCAUUGCUCUCCAAGGUGUCUGUAUAAAUUUGCAAGAAUUUUUGAGACUCUUUGUUUUCAGCUACCAUCUCUUCCGUUUCAACUGGGCCCUUGGCAAGUGUAACCAACCACGGUGAUGCAGGGUUGUUGAAAAUUUUGGACCGAUCAGAAGAUACAAAUGUAAGACUUCUCAUAACAACAUACGCAGAUAACAAGCACAUGUUUGGCGGGAAAGGGACGAAGAAAGAUGUGUUCGAGAAAAUAGCCGAACAGUUCACCAAGAUAUCUGGUCAUGUGGUCACUGGAGAACAGUGCAUGAGAAAGUGGGGAAAGAUAACAUCAAAACAAAGGAAAUAG